GCUGUGAUGCUGCAGUGCACAGGGCAGCCAGGCAGGAUAUAAACACGGGCAGCCCAGAGCACAGGCACUCGCCACCCCGGGAGCUGCCCGAGCUCACCCCACCACAGACCCAGGCCCAGGCGACUCGAGGAACGCACACUCCUGCAUCAUGAUGGGCAAGGCUGUGGCUGCUGUCCUGACUCUGCUCCUGAUCUCAGCAGUGGGAACACAAGGUCAGGCCCUGGCACGGUCAGCCAUUGAACUCCGGUGCCAGUGCAUAGGCACCCAUUCCAGGUUCAUCCAUCCCAAGUUCAUCCAGAACGUGAACCUCAGCCCCAGCGGACCUCACUGCGAGAAUGUCGAAGUUAUAGCUACCCUGAAAGACGGCAGAGAAUUGUGCCUGGAGCCCACUGCUCCCUGGGUGAAGCUGAUCAUCAAGGCAAUUCUAGACAAGGCAAACCCCAAACCUGAGACGGUGUCCUAA